AUGAGAGGCUUCUUCUUCCUCACUGUCGCUGCCUUUGGCGCGGCUAACGCCAGCGUCUUAGGCUUUAGCCGACUCGAACCUCGAGAUAAUCGUAACUUACCUCGAGCUUACUCGGGGCCAUCCUUUCAAGAGGCCCAUGCUUUCGCUAAUCGGGCUGCAGAACCAGUCAUGAAACGGGGAAAGGGUGACCAGAGCCAGCAAGAUAACGCUCAGGAUACCGCGUCCCAGCCCACCUCGGACACUUCCACUACUGACGAUGAUGAUUCAAGCAAGAACAACGGACAGAGUGGUGGUUCUUCUCAAGCCCAAUCUGGAGGUUCUAGAUCACAGGGUAGUGGUUCAGGCAAUAGCAACCAGAACAACGCCCAAUCUCAGUCUCAGUCUCAGUCUCAGUCUCAGUCUCAAUCUGAUGAUUCUGGCUCACAGAGCGGUGGUUCAGGCAACGGCAACCAGAACAACGGUCAGAGUGCUGCUGCUGCUCAACCCCAAUCUGAUGAUUCCGGCUCGGAGGAUGAUACCUCAGGCAACAGCAACAACAACAAUGCUCAGGGUGGUCAGUCGCAGUCUGAUGAUUCCGCUACGCAAGGCAAUACUUCGGGCAGCUCCAACAAGAACAAUGGCCAGAGCCCUGCCGCUGCUCAGCGCCAGUCUGGUUCCUCCAAAUCAGGAGACGAUGCCUCUAUCAAUGAUGACAGCGAUAAUACUCAGGGUACUUCUGCCCAAUCCCAGUCAGGCGACUCCGAUUCGGGUGAUGAUGCUUCCAACACCAACAACAGUAAUGCUGCUCAGAGUGCUGCUGCUCAGUCAAACUCUGAUACUACCGAGCCUGAGAAUGAUGGCUCCGGUAAUGGCAGGCAAGGGAAGCAAAAGCAAGGUCAGAAUGGCGCCGCUGCCGCCCAGGCGACCCCUGACUCCUCUCAAUCGCAAGAUGAUGCAUCAGGAAACUCGAACCAAGAUGAUGUCGCUUCCUCUGCCCCUCAGGCUCCUGCCACUCGGGCUGCUAAGAAUGAUGUCAACCAAAACACCGUUCCAGCUGCUGCCUCUACUCAGGACUCCGAGCCUGACCAACAGUCAGAUGUUGCCCAAAGCACUUCUCCAGCUCGUUUUCAGGCUCCGAAGCAGCUCUGGAAACAAACCACUACUACGACUUACCCUUACGCUCCUCUCCCAACCACUACAUGCACCACUACAACGGGGCCAGUGAUCCCUCCGCCAAAGACUACUUGGACCACUACUACAACAACUGGUCCUAUCCGUCCUCCCACGACCUGGACUACAACUACCACAACAACUGGCCCUGUUCGUCCUCCUACAACCUGGACUACCACUACCACAACAACUGGUCCUAUCCGUCCUCCCACAACCUGGACUACAACAACCACAACAACUGGUCCUAUCCGUCCUCCCACGACCUGGACUACAACUACCACAACAACUGGCCCUGUUCGUCCUCCUACAACCUGGACUACAACUACCACAACGACUGGUCCUUCUAUGCCGCCAACGACCACAAAGACCACCACUACAACCACAAGGCCAACUACCACAAAGCCAACUACAACUGAGACUACAACUGUCACACAGCCUACAACUACCAAACCUACCACUACUACCGAGACUACAACUGUUACACAGCCUACGACUACCAAGCCUACUACUACAACUGAGACCACUACUGUAACUCAGCCCUCAACCACUAAGCCUACUACCACUGAGACUACAACUGUAACGCAGCCCUCGACAACCAAGCCUACUACCGAGACUAGCACCAAGCCCACCACCAGGCCUACCACAGAAACCACAACAGUAACGCAGCCCUUGACUACCAGGCCCACUACCAGGCCCACUACUAGACCUACCACCAGACCUACCACCAUGGGACAGCCCACUAAGACUACCACUAUCACAAAGUCUGCCACGCUCCCUACAACCACGCACGGGAUGCCACUGACCACUGAGUACACUACCUCAACUGUCUAUACCACCAAGGUAUACACAAUCACUGAAUGCUACGAUGAACAUUGUCGUCACCCUCCUUAUGUGACAACCGAGACUAUCGUUGCCUAUACCACUGUUUGCCCCAUCACAUACUACCCCCCUCCUCCCGUUCAAUGGACUACCUCAACUGUUUACACUACCUACUACCGCACUAUUACAGAGUGCGAGCCCUACUGCCCAGAAACUCCCUACGUCACUACUGAGAGCUAUGCUAUCUAUACCACAGUCUGCCCUGUCGAGGAGGAGGCUCCCGCUCCUACUCAACCACCAGCAGAACAUCCUCAUUAUUACGAAUGUGUCAGUGAGAAGGUCGUCACUGACUAUUCCACUUCAACUGUCUACACAACCGAGGUCAAGACCAUGGAUGGCUGUGCUAAGCAUGAUAGUUGGUGUGAUGAUCACUGGUGCCCUGAAACCUAUUGCAAGCCUUACGUCACCACCGAGGUCUGGGCUCUGUCGACUACCCUCUGCCCUGAAGUCAAGACGGAAUAUGUCCCUUGCCCUACGUACCAUCCUGCUCCUCCUCCUCCUCCUCCGCCUUCCCCGGUAUGUGUUACUUCGACUUCGACUUCCACUCUUUACACUACACAGUACUACACUAUUACUGCUUGCCCUUACGGGGUUGAUGACUGCUACAUCGGUCACAAGACUUCUACUGUCUAUGCAACAGCUACAACCUGUUAUACACUCACCUACACAACUGUCAUUCCCGAGACUACCUACACCAAGGAGAUCAUUCCUCCCAGCACCGGGACAAGCAGUGUUUAUGUUUCUACGACCAAGACUUGGUCUACUACCUACACGACUAAGCCUACAGAGGCUGAAACAUGGAUGACUAAGUCUACCGAGACAUCCGUUCCCAUGGAUACCUCUACUGGGAUGACGAAGUCUAUGCCUACCGUUCCCAUGUCUAUGGAUACUUCUAUGACAAAUUCCAUGCCAACUGGACCUAUGUCUAUGGACACCUCCAUGCAGAUGCCUACAUCCAAUGCCAUGCCAACAUCUAUGCAGAUGCAAUCGUCUGCUCAAAAGCCCCCGUCUGGAGAACAGCAGACUGACAAGAUGCCCGCAUCUAUGCCGACGGCUGCUGCUUCUAUGAAGUCCUCUCCUCAGUCCGCUAAAUAA